UCUCCCUUCCAGAAGUUGCUACGUGAUUGACGCCAAAAUAACAUCUUUUUCAGAUACAGAAUUUACAGGUUUUGAGAUUUAGGACAAUGUCAGCCUACGAUAUAAAGGAUGGUGAAUACACCGCCACUAUUUAUAACAUGAUAAAAGAGAGCAAAUAUGUUGAUGCCAUACAAAUCCUAUCACAGGAACUUCAGAACCACCCAAAGUCUCGUGCAGCGUUGUCCCUACUCGGUUACUGCUACUUCCACAUCCAGGAUUUUGCUAAUGCUGCAGAAUGCUACGAACAGCUGGUGCAGAUCUGCCCAACUGUGGACAGCUAUAAGAUUUACUACUCGCAGGCGUUAUACCACGCCUGUGCCUACCCUGAGGCAAUGAAGGCAACGUUUCAGAUUGAAAACCAAGACUACCAGCCUAAGAUCACCAAACUCCAGGCAGCUAUUAAAUAUGGGGAAGAGGACCUCUCGGCUGCUAAGAGUCUUGUGGAGCAGUGCCCGACCGAUGACCCAGACACCGAGGUCAAUCUGGGCUGUCUCCUCUUCAAAGAGGGACGCUACAAAGUCGCGUGCCAGAAAUUCCUGACUGCCAUGCAGGUGUUGGGGUACCGUCCUGAUCUGUCCUACAACAUCGCACUGUGUUACUACAGCAUGAAGCAGUACGCACCUGCUCUGAAGCAUAUUGCAGACAUCAUUGAGAGAGGCAUUAGAGAGCAUCCUGAAUUGAGCGUUGGAAUGACCACUGAAGGUAUCGAUGUACGUAGUGUCGGCAACACUUUGGUGCUCCAUGAAACUGCGUUAAUUGAAGCCUUCAACCUGAAAGCAGCCAUAGAAUUCCAGCUCAAAAAUCCUGAAGCAGCCCAGGAAGCAUUGACUGAUAUGCCGCCACGCUCUGAAGAGGAGCUGGAUCCAGUGACCCUUCACAACCAGGCCCUAAUGAACAUGGAGGGCAAUGCUACACAGGGCUUUGAGAAGCUUCAGUUCUUACUGCAGCAGAAUCCAUUCCCACCGGAGACAUUCGGCAAUCUGCUGCUUCUCUACAUCAAAUAUGAGUACUAUGACCUAGCAGCAGACGUCCUGGCCGAGAACUCUCACCUGACCUUCAAGUACCUCAGCCAGUAUCACUACGACUUCAUGGACGCGGUCAUCACCAUGCAGACAGCUAAAGAAGAAGCGUAUCGUAAACUGGACGAGAUGGCCACACGCCACACCGACCAGCUGCGCAAACUGACCAAGGAGGUCCAAGAAGCCAGACAUAACCACGAUGACGAGACGGUGAAGAAAGCGGUCAACGAGUAUGACGAGGCAUUGGAAAGGUACAUCCCAGUGUUGAUGCAGCAAGCUAAGAUCUACUGGGACAUGGAACACUACACCCAAGUAGAGAAGAUAUUCCGUAAGUCUGUGGAGUUCUGCAACGAGCAUGACGUCUGGAAACUCAACGUGGCCCAUGUACUCUUCAUGCAGGAGAACAAGUACAAGGAGGCCAUUGGAUUCUAUGAACCCAUCGUGAAGAAGAACUACGAUAAUAUACUGAAUGUUAGUGCUAUUGUGUUGGCCAACCUUUGUGUAUCCUACAUCAUGACCAGCCAGAAUGAAGAGGCGGAGGAGCUGAUGCGUAAGAUCGAGAAAGAAGAGGAGCAGAUAGCGUACGAUGAGCCAGACAAGAAAAUCUACCAUCUUUGUAUUGUCAACCUGGUCAUCGGUACCCUGUACUGCGCUAAAGGCAACUAUGAAUUUGGCAUCUCAAGGGUCAUCAAGAGCUUGGAACCAUACAAUAAAAAGUUGGGAACUGAUACCUGGUUCUACGCCAAGAGAUGUUUCUUGUCUCUACUAGAGAACAUGGCCAAGCACAUGAUCAUGCUUCGAGAUAGCGUCAUUGGAGAAUGCAUACAGUUCCUUGAACACUGUGAAUCGUAUGGGCGUGAUGUGAAGGCAGUUGUGGAGCAGCCGUUAGAGGAAGAACCCUUGCACGAAGGCAAGAACACCGUCACCUACGAGUCUCGUAUCCUCAAGAGUCUCUUCAUACAACUGACAUAGGGUCAUAUCUAUUUACAGAUAAAAUACAUUUCUUAAAGCCAUUGGACACUUUCUGUACAGAAAAAAAAAAAAAAAA